GAAAAAUUUCAUCGCCGGCGUCGACGAAUGCUUCCAUGAUCACGACGGAGAUCUAAGUUCCGUCCAAACUGCCUUCAUCGACGGUGCUUGCGAGGUGCUUCCCGGCAGCCGUCAGGAGAAAUUCACGGCGAACAUCCUGGUGGACGGUACGUCUUACGAUGCGCGAGUGGUCGUCGGACAGCUGUAUUAUGAAACAACGGAAGCGGACAACGGUCCUCAUAUGACGAUCUUCGUCGACAAACUGCCUGGUGAUACCUUCCGAAUCACGCAACUGAGUUACCUGCUCAUAAUCAACGAAAACACCGUUGAGCUCCAUCUUCGCGAUGAGCUGCCGAUCACACUGCUGUUCGCGAGCGGGAAGCUCUCACAGUUCUGCACGCUCGUUGACGGAUAUUAUCGUAUGACUGAGAGCUUCACGGCGUGUCUCUGCAGUGAAAUUCAGCCGCCCUCGUUGAUCCUAUUGAAGAAACGGAAAAUCCACGGUCCUUUCGGGGAAUCCGUUAUGCGCAGGAAACUGUCGAAAAACCUGAGGAGCGAGGGUUGUUUUCUCGUCAGGCAGGACCAAUUGCGGUUCCGGGUCUACCAUGUCGAUAUUCUACUGGAUGAGAAUCAUUACGUGACUCACAAAAUCUGUGAACGUGCCGAGGGCGGCUUGAUAUUUGCAAACGAUUGUAAUAAAAAGGUUUAUGCCAGCUGGGACGAUUUGUUGAGUGAGCGGACUUUGGGCGGACGACCGUAUCAGCUACCACCGAGGAAUCGCGACAAGACCGGUCUGCAACUCUGCCGCGGAGCCAUCACCACCGGAGAUUUCAGAGAGGAGAAAGACAUUCAGCUCAUGAAUUUGAAGAAGUUCAAGGUCGAGCUCCCCCCUCUACGCAGCACCUAUCGACAGCAGAGGGUUCUGAGGGGAACGUAUGAGGGCUUGGCUGCCGUAUGCCGCAUACUUCAGAGUGAUGACCCGGCUACGCUCCAGAGAUUCAAUCGUAAAGCUACAGAAAUUUGUUUCUGGGAUUGUCCAGAUAUUGUACCAAUCGUUGGGUUCGCAGUUUCACCGCAAGCGUGUCUCGCGUCGGAGUUCAUGCCUCUAGGAUCGCUCGAUGCCUAUCUCAAGAAUUCCACCCAAGAUCUCACGACCGGUGAUCUGUGCAAUGUUGCGCUCUGUUUGGCAAGAGCGGUCCGGUACCUCGAGGAGAACGGAUUCGUUCACGGAAAAAUACGGAGCCGCUCGGUUUUCGUUUUCGAUCGAUCGCAGGGUCCCCUAAAGGUUAAGCUGGGAGAGCCAGGAGUCCUGCAGUACACCGACGAAGACGUGCCCUGGAUCGCUCCCGAGCACCUUCAGGACAUGGACUCGGUCGCGAGUGCCCCAGCGGCUGAUGUAUACGCGCUCGGGACGACUCUUUGGGAAAUUUUCAACCGCGCGAGCAGUCCGUUUGGAAUUGUGCCCUUGGAUCAAGCGACGGAGUUUUUCAAGUCCGGAAAUUGUUUGCCCCUGGCAGAAGUUCCGCAAGAAUUCCAUCCGAUCAUUGCUGGCUGCUGGCUCCGAGAUCCCGACGAUCGCAACGCACCGGACGAGAUGGUCCGAAAUAUCGAUCGGAUCCUGCACCAGAUCGAUGAGCCCAGGGAUGGGGAGAAGCUCGGGGGGACCGGAGGGCUACAGCCAGCGAGAGGCUCAAAGAUCGAAACAACUCAGCUACCCGCACUGCGGCAGGUCGUCCGGGAAUCGAAACUUUCCCGGAAGAACUCCACUGGGAGCGAGUCGAGCAUAGCUAGCAGGAAAGACUGGAAAUCGAACAAGCUGCUAAAGUUUCUCUUGAGGACCCGGGGGACUGAAUACGAUACUUUAUCCAAUAUAAGCUCGAUCGCUCCGUCGCGGCAUACGUUCGACACCGAUCUUCAUGACGACGACCAGCCUAAUGGCGAUAGCCAGGAUGAGAGGAGUGUCGAAGACGACGACAAAGUAGAUUACGAGAAGUGGGAAGUGAUGAGAAAAGAUGUAAAGCUACACGAACUGAUCGGCAAAGGCUACUUCGGACAGGUAUACAGAGCCGUAUUGACGAGAGCAGAUGGCUCGGAGGAGAUCGUCGCCGCGAAGCGGAUGAAUUCCUCGGUUGAGGCUUAUAGCCACAAGGACGUGCAGAAUGAAAUGGACAUCAUGAUAAGGCUCUCCCACCCAAAUAUCGUAGAGAUUUUGGGAGUUAUACGCGAAGAUGAAACCCUGUUAGUCAUGGAGUUCAUGGGACUGGGUGCCUUAUCUGCGUACUUACAAGCCAAUGAGAGAAUACUGACCAAUAAGGUGCUGGCCAAGUUCGCGUGUGAUGUGGCGAGCGCAAUGGCUUACUUAGAACGCAAGAAGAUCAUACAUCGGGAUCUGGCGGCGCGAAAUAUUCUAGUCAAGUCGGAAACAUGCGUCAAACUGAGCGAUUUCGGUCUCGCGCGUAUCCUCGACAAGGACUACUACGAUGUUUGCACGCCGAACCGUGCUCUGCCCAUAAAAUGGUACGCUCCAGAAUCCAUUUUCUACAACAGGUUCACGAUCAAGAGCGAUAUCUGGAGUUUCGGCGUUGCUCUCUGGGAAAUAUUCACCUGCGGACAGGAUCCUGCGAUCCUCGAUUCUAAUGAGCCCACAAAGAUAGGUGACGCUCUCGUAGAUGGGGUUCGUCUGCCCCCUCCGGAGAGAUGUCCUGUUGAAGUCUACCAAAUGAUGCGUGAAUGCUGGAAUUUGGAGCAGAACUUGCGUCCGAACUUCGCCGACUUGCACUUCAGGAUUUUCGGCAUCAUUGAUGAUAUUGAUUGA